CUGGAGAAGACAACAGGAAGGAUCUGUGCUUAUUAUGAGACAUUGAUCAGUCCAGUGGACACUGCUCUGCUCUACAGAAGACUUGUCCUGGAUCAAGAUGACUCACAACAAAAGGUUUCAGGGUAUUCCCAUGUCCAAGUCAAUGAGAGGUUUGUGUAAAGUGGAGGACUAUGAAUUCCUGGGACUGUCGGAAAAUAUGAGAAAAGACGGAAUAGGAGGUUCAGAAAACAACUUCAGAGGCAAACAGGAGGAUAGGGCCCGCCGGAAACAGGAGAGGGAGCAGCUGGAAAAAAAGAGACUCCAAGAAAUAGAAGAUAGCAAGAAGGUGAAAGAGGAGCAGUGGAAGACUCAUGUACAGGAGCUGACCUCCAGCCAGGAGAAGAUCUUGCAAGAAAGACUGGCAAGACUGAAGACAUUCAGGGAGUUCCAGAGGAAGGUGCUGGUGGAGGAGUCAGGGAUGGAGGACAGGGAGGCCGGCCUCACAGCCAGCCAGCUGCUCACCAGGAUGUAGACUGAUGUAUGAUAAAUCUGCUUUUUGUUGCA